AUGCCACCAUAUCAGCCACAACAGAUGCAAUACCCUCCUGUGCCGACCUAUCACCCACCUCUGCUUACACAAUUCCGGCCUCAAGCGCCGAGACCGGUGCAACCACCUCCGCCGCACCAAUAUAGGCCUCCGACUCAACGGCCUAAUGUUGGUGACAGAGGGAAAGGAAAGGUACAGGGACAAGCUUAUGCCCUGGUAGGAGGCAGCUCUGGAGGUCAGACCAGCAACGCAGUGGUUGAGGGUAUGAUUCUAAUAUCUCAUUCUUUUGCUCAUGUGUUGUUUGACACAGGUGCCACACACUCAUUGAUAUCAAGUUCUUUUGUUCGGGCCUUGAAACUAAAACCUGAGAAUUUAGAAAUCCCGAUGACUUUGAACUUUCCACUGGGAUGUGUAGAGGUAAUGAGUGUGUGUAAAUCGUGUGAGAUUACGAUUGGCGGUGAGCGAAUGAGAGCAGACUUGAUUAUCCUUCCGAUGAGCCUGUUUGAUGCGGUCCUCGGAAUGGAUUGGUUGUCAGAAUACGGAGCAAUUGUUGAUUGUUACCGUAGGAGAGUGACUCUGACGACUAAGUCUGGAACAUCGAUUUCUUAUCAGGCAGAUCUGAAUCCAGUCUUAGGAGAACGACUGUUGAAGUACAGUGUUGGGGGACGGAGGAAUCUAGCCUGUUUUUCUUCCCUUCUUGCCUUAGAAGGUGAACCCGAGGUAACUGGAGAUAGUGUGGGAAUCCCUGUAGUGGAUGAAUUUACGGAUGUAUUUCCUGAUGAGCUACCUGGUUUACCGCCAGAUCGAGAAAUUAAAUUCUGUAUAGAUUUAGUCCCGGGAAUGACACCUAUUUCUAUUCCUCCAUACCGGAUGGCUCCGGCAGAAAUGAAAGAAUUAAGGAUGCAGCUUGAGGAGCUGGCAGAAAAGGGGUAUAUCCAGAAUAGUACUUCCCCUUAG